AACACUAUUAUCAAUUCCAAUCGCCAUAAUGCGUUACUCCCCAGCCAUCUUGUUCGCAGUCCUUGCGGCCCAGGUCUCCGCCCACGGUGUUAUCACCGAAAUUCAAGGAGCUAAUGGAGUGAACAUGCCCGGACUCUCAGUUGCCGAUGGCACGCCUCGAGACUGCGCAUCCCCAGGCUGCGGCGCCGAAGCCGACACUAGCAUCAUCCGCAACAAGGAACUGGGCAGCAACAAGGCGUCCGCCCUCGGCCGAACAUCCACGGGCCCUGUCGAUGCUGCUGCUGCCAUCUCCUCCUUCAUGGGAACCACCAAGAAGCGUGGCCUCCUCGAUGCCCUCACCGGCGGCAACGGUGGAGGAGCUGGAGGAGCUGGAAAAGCAAACACAGGCGGUGCCACGGGCGCUGGCACGAAGACUGCCAAAGGCACCACUGAGCAAGGCGUCUCCGCCGCCGCCGGCAAGGGCGCUACCUCCGGCCUGCCCACCUGCGCCGACGACGGUUCCAUCACCAUGACCUUCCACCAAGUCAACCAAGACGGCGCUGGGCCCCUAACCGCCGCCGUCGACCCCACGAGCGGCGGCACCGACCCCACCGCCUUCCAAACCGCCCAAGUCUCCCAGAACGUCCCGGGCAUCGGCAUCGGCGGCCUCUCCGGCGCCACCACGACCGAUUUUCCCGUCAAGGUGCAGAUGCCCGCGGGCAUGACGUGCACCGGCUCCGUCGGCGGCGCGCAGAACGUCUGCGUCGUGCGCAUGCAGAACUCAGCGCUCGCGGGGCCCUUUGGCGGCAGCGCGGCCUUCACGCAGAGUCCGGCGGCGAAGAAGCGCGCGGUGGAGUUCAACCUCCGCAAGCGCCAUAUGGCGAGGGGAAUCUUGGGGAAGCCGGAGUUGGAGUAAUGGAUAAUUUAGACAGAGGGCGGUAAGAGAGUUUGCUGGGCGAACGGACCGCGAUGAGCACAUGAGGGCUUUUUCUUUUGUGGGCGGGGUGGGGAGCAUGGGUAGGGAGUCGUGAGGCUUUAUGGUGUGUGGGUUUCGAUUGUAUAUACUCAC